AGUUGAUAAGUAUAAUUUGACUGACUUUCUAUCUUCAGCCUGUUGCAGUCCGAUAUCAGCCCCCUGCCCCGCGUCAAUUAUGCCGCUGCUUUAGGCAAGGCCACCUGUAAGGAAAUAUAAAAGCUUAUCCAGAACGAACUAGAGUAGAAAUAUAGCAAUAUUAUACAAGGCAACCAUGCCGUGGAGCCAAAGUGAAGAUAAUGUCUUUUCUCGCCCCUUGGGCGAGAACGAGACUUUCCUGAAGCUCAUCGGUGAUUCAGGCCUUAGUUUGCAGCGUGAACACUGGGCAGUCAACUUCACGGCAAAAAUAGACACAACUGGCUCUUUCGAUGAUGAUGAUGAAUUCCUCGCUGCCCAGCUGCGGCGGGCCUGGGCUCAUUUGCGCUUCCAACAUCCCAGCCUGGCAGCCGAGCCGGAGGGCAACCAUCUGCGGUAUACAGUGCCCCUGUCCAAGAUAGCGCUCCAGGACUGGGUCGACAAGACAUUCACAGUGGUAUCAGAUGCACCAUCUACGUCUGAACUCAUCACGACACUAAAGCCUACGCCAUAUGCACAAUUGUACUUCUUGCCCAAGAGCCGCGAGAUCCUCGGGCACACAGCGCAUUGGCGCUCCGAUGGAGUUGGAACGAUGAUGCUUCUCAAUGCGCUUCUGGAGCUUUUAGCACGGCCAGAUCUACCACAAGAUCCAUGGACUGCUCUCCCGUGGGGACAAGAAGUUGGUUCCCUACCACCAAGCGUGGAAGAAGCAGCUGCAGUACCAGAGGAACCAUCAAGCGCGCAAGCCGCACAAGGAAGAAAAGCCUUCGAGACGUUUGGUCUAGCAGCAGGCGCUAUAGGGAUUCCUUGCCUGGGGGACAGCACUACUAUACCAAGGGGAACCCGAUGUGUAUGCGUCACGCUGUCACCACAGACAACCGCAGCAGUAGUGGAGGCUGUACGAUCCCGAGACCUGAGCGUGACCGCUGCUGUACAUGCCAGCAUCGCGGCAGCGAAUUUCCAACUCGCAGACCCAUCACAGCGUGAUAGACACUACACCAGCACAAUCCGGUUCACCCUGCGGCCAUAUAUGCCAAAGCCAUACAGUGGACCGGAGUAUGCCUCCAUGCUUCUGACAACUGGAUGGAUGGCACAAGUAAGCCCAGCAGAGAACUGGGCAACGCAUGCGCAGAAAUAUCGGCAGGAAUAUCGCACAGCUAUCUCGCCAGAAUACCUGGGUGGCCAUCGCGAGUAUGCACGACUCCUAUGCGAUCUACUACGCAACAGUCCUGAAACAGAGGAGAAGCCACCUAGCGAGGUAGAUAUAAGCAGUAUCGGCGUGAUCGAAAAAUGGAUACGCCGUGAGUACGGCACGCCGAAUUCGUCCAUUCGAGUGCAGGCAAUCAGCGUUGGGCUGGAAAUGCUGACUCGGCAGGCUGUUUGCUUUGUGUGGACUUUUAGAGACUGUUUGAAUUUGCAGAUUGUUUAUAACAAGGCUUUCCAUGCGCCAGAACAGAUGCAGGCCUUUGCAGAGACGACCAGAGCUGUGCUGUUAAAAGAAUUGGGAGUGAUGGGUACGGAUUGAGCGGGAAUUGAUUUGUAUAUACUUCAAUCUGGGGAUAUAUGCUUGUUUCCAGAACUUGAUGUCUACUGCUCUCGUCUUCAAGAUCUGCGACAUGUCAGUGUUCUUCUACGUCGUAUACCAUCGUCUAUUAUAGUCCGCUCAAUCCCGCAGCUAGGACUGGGACCUAUCUGAUCUGCUCAACAAAGCCAUGGACGAUUUGGUCCUCGUAGACACCAUUAUAAUAGCGCCCUCAGGGUGACCUGGAUAAUGGACAUUGCUUAUAGACCUAACAAUGAAUAGCAGGAGAA